GUUUCCGAUUAUGAAGGUAAAAUUUUAACGGUAAAUGCUGCUCAUGGUGGAAGAACACAUGAUGCUAGAGUNUGGCGAUCAUCUCGUGUAUCCAACCAUUUAGAAGAGAAGUAUAAUGCAGGACUAAGAGAUGCUUGGCUUUUAGGUGAUAGUGCGUAUCCAUUAUUGCCAUAUUUAAUGACACCGAUACGUGACGUACCUGAAGGAACGCCAUCAGCAAGAUAUACACAGUGUCUUGUCAGAACUCGGAUAGUGAAUGCUGCCUGUGUUUUGCACAAUAUAGCUNUGCAAUGGAGACUUCCAGAGCCCGAGCUAUUUUAUGAUGAAAUUGAUGAAGAACAGCCAAGAAUAAUCNAAGAUCUGGCUGUGGAAACUGGUGAAGAAGUUCGUGAACGAAUUAUCAACAUUUUCAGAAUUAAGUGA